GGUCUCGGGCCACUGGUGGACACCAACGGUAACCAAUAACCACCAAAAUGGCAGACUGAAGAGGGUUGGAGAAAUUAACACAAAAUCCAAUACCCUCCUCCACUUUCAGCAAGUCUGCACCAUCAUCAGUCAUCACAAUGCAAUUCCUCGCAAAUUCUCCACCCCCAAUUCUUCAAGCGUCUCCCAACCGCAAAAAUUUCCCAAUCUCUUGCUUAUUUCCUCAAAUCAAAGCAAGAAAUCAUGACUUCACUUGUUUUUCUACUAAAUUUACUAAAACCCAGCUCAAUUUUCGCUCAUGGGGUCGUCAAAGCUCUGUCAAAUGUUGUAAUUUCAACUGUACAAGUGUGAAUUUAGGGUUCUAUCGCACAGAAAACGUCAUAUCAAGUAAAAAAAGUAGGGUUUAUUGUGUAAAUUCUGUGAAAUUGGGUUUUGCGUUUGAUGGGAUGAAUAGAAAAAUUGAGGGGAGGUUAAGAGCAGUGAUGAAUGUAGAUAGAGAAGUGGAGAGAGAAAGUGGUGAAGGUAAAGUAAAGGAGAAUUAUGAUGCAAUUGUGAUUGGGUCUGGUAUUGGUGGGUUGGUUGCAGCAACCCAGUUGGCUGUGAAGGGUGCCAAGGUUUUGGUUUUGGAGAAGUAUAUCAUCCCUGGUGGUAGCUCUGGGUUUUAUGAGAAAUCCGGGUAUACUUUCGAUGUCGGUUCGUCAGUAAUGUUCGGGUUUAGUGACAAGGGUAAUCUGAACUUAAUCACCCAAGCAUUGGCUGCAGUAGGAUGUAAGAUGGAAGUCAUACCAGACCCAACUACUGUUCAUUAUCACCUCCCAAAUAACCUUUCUGUUCGAGUGCAUAGAGAGUACAGUGACUUUAUCACUGAACUGACUAAUAAAUUUCCCCACGAGAAGGACGGAAUAUUGAAUUUUUAUGGGGAGUGCUGGAAGAUCUUCAAUGCCCUGAACUCAUUGGAGCUGAAGUCACUUGAAGAACCAAUCUACCUUUUCGGGCAGUUUUUUCAGAAGCCCCUUGAAUGCUUAACCCUUGCCUAUAAUUUGCCUCAAAAUGCUGGAGCAAUUGCCCGUAAAUACAUUAAAGACCCUCAAUUGUUGUCCUUCAUAGAUGCUGAGUGUUUCAUUGUCAGCACUGUUAAUGCUAUGCAAACUCCUAUGAUAAAUGCAAGUAUGGUUUUAUGUGAUAGGCAUUUUGGAGGUAUCAACUACCCUGUUGGCGGCGUUGGUAAAAUUGCCAAAUCCCUUGCACAAGGUCUUGUUGAUCAGGGGAGCAAAAUACUUUACAAAGCAAAUGUUAAAAACAUCAUUCUGGAGCAUGGAAAGGCUAUUGGAGUGAGACUGUCUGAUGGAAGUGAAUUUUAUGCCAAAACCAUCAUAUCAAAUGCUACUAGGUGGGAUACCUUUGGCAAGCUUUUAAAAGCUGAGAAACUUCCAAAAGAAGAGGAAAAUUUUCAGAAGUUAUAUGUCAAGGCUCCAUCCUUUCUUUCAAUUCACAUGGGAGUCAAGGCUGAAGUCUUGCCGCCGGAUACGGAUUGCCACCACUUUGUUCUUGAGAAUGACUGGAAAAACUUAGAGGAGUCAUAUGGCAGUAUAUUUUUGAGCAUUCCCACCAUUCUUGAUUCUUCAUUGGCUCCUAGCGGACAUCACAUUCUCCACAUAUUUACAACUUCCUCCAUUGAUGAUUGGCAGGGACUGUCUUCAGCAGAUUACAACACAAAGAAGGAGCUUAUUGCUGAUGAAAUAAUAAGCAGAUUAGAAAAGAAACUGUUUCCAGGGCUUAAAUCUUCCAUAUUGUUUAAGGAGAUUGGUUCGCCAAAAACACACAGGCGGUUUUUGGCUCGUGAUAGUGGCACAUAUGGACCUAUGCCACGCUCAAUUCCUAAAGGAUUACUGGGAAUGCCAUUCAAUACGACGGCUAUAGACGGGCUUUACUGUGUUGGUGAUAGCUGCUUCCCAGGUCAAGGGGUCAUAGCUGUCGCCUUUUCAGGAAUAAUGUGCGCUCAUAGAGUGGCUGCUGAUAUUGGUAUUGAGAAGUCCUCCCCUAUAUUAGAUGCUGGUCUCCUUCGCUUGCUUCGUUGGUUUAGAACAUUGGCCUGAAUACUCGUAUAACUAAAGCAUAAUUGGGUGCACUGCAUGGCUGCAUACGUAGGUCAUACUUUUUUCAAGUCAAGGUGAAGAAACUUCGAGAUGUUAUUUCUAAAAAUCGGUUCCUUACUGUUCCAGAAGGAUGACUGCAGCAUCAGGUCUCAGAAUCGGUUCAUUUUCGCUUUGAAUAUGCUGAGGUGAAAUCACGUGUACUUUUUUUUUUCAGUCCCAGAAAUAGUAGUCAUUGAACAACUUCUUUUGUUGCUUAUACAUGAUUCUUGUAAAUGCACGUGAACCUUAAAGUGUACAAAAAAGAGCAUUUACUGUUCUACAUAUAUGAAAUCUUUUUCUUCUUUAAUAA